AUGCACAGCACAGUCCCGACAUCAGACAGACGAUUAACGAUGCAGCAACUACUACACCAGGUCUGCUACCCCGGGCCUGGAACUAUCUGUUGGAGCCUCAUUCUGUGUGCAUCAAACCUCGGACGGCUGGUUCGUCCUCUCUUUCUCCUAAUUCUCCUUACCGUUCCAUCCCGCCUUGGCCGCCGCCGGUCUCGUUGUCCCCGUCAGCAUCGCCUCAAUAACGAUGUCUCUAGCCCAAGUUGCGUGUCUUGGCGGGGCAAGAGAUAA